UUCUCAUACACACCCAACACAUCCAUCCUCCUGUUAACAGAUCUCUGAUUUUGAGCUUUACCACAUCAUCCUACAACCAUGACUACUCAGAAGUGUGACAUAGGCAGAAUUCCACGUAUCAUGUGUGAGCUCUGCAGCAUUUUUGAGGAGUAUGCCAGCGCUGACGGUGACGGAAAAACCCUGACUAAAGCCGAGCUCAAGAAUCUGGUGGAGAAAGAAAUGUGCCCAAUGCUAAAGGAAGCAAAGAACAGUUCAAGGGUGGACGACCUAAUGAGUGCAAUGGACCACGAUGGUAACGCUAAGGUGGACUUUCAAGAGUUUGCAACAACGAUCAUAGCCUUCACCUGUAUCUGCCAUGAAAGCAUGAAAGAGUGAGCAGGACGUCUGAAGAACGCUGACAUCAUAGCUUGAAACCCCUGCAGUUCAGCUUUUAUGUCAUGACUCAAUAAAAUGAUGACCCUACUGUA